AUGUCGUUUUUGAAAGCAUUCUCUACUGCAGCAGGCUCUGCUUCAGCUGUCCUCAAGGCCACUGCUGUACAAAAGUGUGCAUUUGCAACCAUUGCAGAGACUAUCCCUAAAGCCGUCUCUCCAUUCUCACCCCAUGUCCAAGCUUUUCUCCGUGACUUCAACACCAGCGAACCCGUUUCGAUUGUCAACCUCGAUCGUGGUGUAUUCAAUGCUCCUCUCCGUAGAGACAUUCUUCAUCGUGUUGUUGUCUGGCAGCGCGAUGGCAUGCGCCAGGGAACUCAGUCUACAAAGGGUCGUGCUGAUGUCCGCGGUUCCUCAAAGAAGGCCGCACCACAAAAGGGUCGAGGAAAGGCAAGAAUGGGUAGUCUGAGAGCACCUCAUAUUAGAGGAGGUGGUAUUGCUUUUGGACCAAAGCCCAGAGAUCACAGUACUGAUUUGCCUAGAAAGGUUCAGGAAUUGGGUCUGCGUGUUGCCUUGAGCACAAAGUAUGCCCAGGAUCAAUUGAUUGUCGUCCAGUCCCUUCAGGAAUACACAUCCCCCAAAUCUCGCGAAUUGGCUCAAUUGAUUGACCAGGCCUAUGGUGAGCCUACUCUGUUGGUUGUCCUGAACGACUGCAACCCCAGUCUUGAGUUGGCUGCUCGCAACAUCCCCCGUUGCGAAGUUAUCCAUGUCGAGGACACCAAUGUAUUGGAUCUCUUGACAUACGACAAAGUUAUCAUUGAGCAGAGCGCAGUAGAGACAUUAGAAUCAGUAUUGGCCGAGACUGUUUAAUCAAACAAAACAUACAUACAAAAAAUAUAUAUUUUGGACAAAUCUUACGCACAAAUACAUUCAUACAUACAGACACACACACACACCCAGACACAAACUCAUAUAUAAACAGCUAUACAUGCCACGUACGUACGCAAACAUCUACCACUACUACUACUACUACUACUGCUGCUGCUACCACUAGUACUACACACAGAUUUACUACGAACACAAAUACAGAUAAUCGCUCCACUUGUACGGAUAUAUAAUUAUAUAUAUAUAUGUGUAUUUUUUUUAAAAAAGAAAAAAAAAAGAAAUAAGAAUUAAAAUGAUUAUACAUUGC